AUGCGUCUAGGAGUUACUAAUGACCUGCCACCACAUCACCAAAAAUAUAUAAAGAUAGAAAAUAUUAGUAACCUCGACAACAUUGCUGAUGUUGAAGAGUUAAAAACAGCAUUGGAAAAAAUAAACUCAAAACAAAGUGUAAGUAACAAACGCAAUUUCCGGCCGGUGGGAGAUGACACACCGGUCAUAGUAAUACAAGUGCAUAAGAGUGCAAGAGGUCUUCAGUACCUCAUCCUAUCUUUAUCACAGGUGCAAGGAAUACAAACAGCUCUUUUAAUUUUUUCUCAUAGUUAUUAUCAUGAAUCGAUCAAUCGUCUAGUAAGGAACAUCGACUUCUGUAAAGUGAUGCAAAUAUUUUAUCCCUUCUCCCUACAACUUCAUCCCUAUAAACAUCCUGGCGUCGAUCCCGAGGACUGCAAGCCUGGCUAUCCCACAUCUAAGAACCCAAAAUACUGCCUCAUUCGCGACGCGCGCCUUACGGAACACAAGCAGCACUGGUGGUGGAAGGCAAACUUUAUAUUUCGAAGUUUGAAAUGGUCCAAGAGAUAUCAAAGUCCUGUGAUAUUUCUCGAAGAAGACAACUAUGUCACACCAGACUUGCUUUACAUGUAUCAAUUUAUCCAUCGCUCUCUAGAAUACUUUCCAUAUGUAGAAGUCGUAUCCUUUGGUAGAACGUGGGCCAGAAACCCUGACAUGAACCUGCUGACAGUGGAAUCUUGGAGACCGCCUUUCGAUGUUGGUCUGGCUUUCAAUAAAACAACGUGGAAGAAAAUACUGGAGUUGUCGGAAAAGUUUUGCAUGUAUAAUGAUUACAGCUGGAGUUAUUCGUUGCUUCAUUUGUUUGAGAACUUUCCGAGGGGUCAUGUGGAUAUGGUGGCAUGUAUGGCACCACGUGUGCUAGCACUAAAAGAAUUCGAGAACACAGACGACAUAUUUAUAUCAGUUUCGAAGUUAAUAAGUAAUUUAGAACUUUAUCCAAAAAAAGUUCAAGCCGUUCACUUGUUCAGACCAGAGGGAAGAGUAGAUAAAGUUACAAAAGGCCCACCUUUCGGUAGCGGGGGUUGGAAUGACAUUCGAGACCAACUCUUAUGUCUCGAUCCUCUAAUGAGCACAACGACUGAAGAGAAACGAUACGAUUUUGCUGACGGUCCCAGAUCAUAG